GCAUUCCUUACUUUCCAACUGCCAUCAUGUUACCAGAAACUACCUCAGUUCUUAUUAUUGGCACAGGCCCUACCGGGCUUACUGCUGCCAUUGCACUUGUCAAACAAGGUAUUCAGGACAUCAUCAUUGUUGAUGCUCAACUACAGGGCCAGAACUCAUCUCGCGCUGUUGUCGUUCACGCAGCAACCCUGGAGGCGCUGGAGAGUAUAGGAUGCGUAGAAGCCGUCAUCGCCCAAGGCGUGAAGGGCAGGGGGAUGAUGUUCAACAGGAACUCCGCUACAUUUAUUUCUGCAGAGUUUCAGGGCUUGUUGACACCGUACACUCGCUAUGACUUUGUGUUGCUCGUACCCCAGACGGUGGUUGAAGAUGUCCUGCAUGCUGAGCUCGUUCAUCAGGGCGUGCAAGUCCUGCGUCCCCAGCGCGUUGUUGGUAUGGCAGGCAGCAAGGACCACAAAGGUCUGAACGUGACUUUCGAGUCUGGAGAAGCUAUCAGGGCUGACUACGUCAUUGGUGCUGAUGGGAAGAACUCCGUCGUUCGAGAACUUGCCGGUAUAUCCUACAUCGAUCCCGACGACACUCCUAUCGAUGAUUCCAUUUCUCAAUUGGUACUUGCAGACGUUGUAUUCUCCCCUCGACAUACUUCCCUCUCUGACGACUGCUUAAUGGCCCAUGUCUCACCCUCGGGCGUGUUCUUGACACUCCCACUGCCUUCAUAUCACCCUGAUUUAUUGUCAGACGACAUGGUUCACAGAAUUAUGUUCAACAUUCCAGCGUCGUUGGGCCCUCCACCCUCCAGCCCAUCGACAGAGUACCUCCAGAACCUACUAAACACUCAGGGACCCGCCCAUAUGUCUUCGGAUCCAGCCGUGAACCAGCAGCCUAUUCACAUCACAAAGACUGUUUGGUCGUCAAGGUACAGGACAAGUUCCGCCAUUGCUGGUACGUUCUUCAAGCCUUUGUAUAAUGAGGAAGGGUUUUUGAGUGGCAGAGUUGCAAUUAUCGGUGAUGCAGCACACACUCAUUCACCCUUGGGAGGCCAGGGUAUGAAUCUUGGUAUUCGAGACGCGGUCUUCUUGGCGCUGGCACUCAAAAACAGUCUUCUGGAGAACACGGAUGACGAAUUGGAAACCUGGGCUUUGACGAGACGCACACGUGCUUUGACGACCGUACAGAUGACAAAACAAAUCGCAGCUUCAGCGAGCCAUAUCCUUUCUCCGAACAGAUUCGUAGCGUUUGUGUCGUUUUGGAUAUUUAGGUUUCUGACAAGAUUUGCAUUCUUGAGACGUAUGGCCGCUUGGAGACUAAGUGGGCUAGGAAAUCGCUGACAUCACGAACUACUUUCUAUAGCUGAAGAAAUGAAACAUG